UAUACACACGCCUAUACAUACAUGCACUCACUAGCUUCAACUGAAACACACGCAUUUCUCAAAGCAACUUGAAUUUUUGAAAUUCACAACUGAUUUUCAUCGUGAUCAUGAAGCUCCGAUCGAAGAUUCCUCGCCGGAGACGGACGAAAUUCUCGCCGAUCAACGUCGAUUUUGCUGCUGCUAAGCAAGUGAGUGAGUUCAGCGGAGGAAACGAAGAGGUUUCGUGCGUUUCAAGCAAAGCGUCGGUGAAUCGGGCGGUGGUGAAGAAGCGAAGCUUCGAGGAUGCUGUGGGUGAGAUUGCGAAAGUAGGCUGCGCUGAUGAGUUGCGGAGGAUCACGAGGUCGUAUUAUAAGAAGUUAGGCAAGGAGAAUGUGAAUACGGAAGUGUCGGAGAGUUCGUGCGUUGAAUCGUGUCCUGGUGUUGUUGACUCGAACCAGAAAAUCGCGAAGUUAAAGCUCAGAGUUGGCAGAACAGUUCAGAACAUAGAAAAUUCGAACGAAAUUGCUCGAAAUUUGAAGAGUUAUGGAGAAGUUGAGAAAGCAGCGGUGAUUAAUCAGAGCGAAGUUGUGUCGUUCACUUCGGGCUUAGAAUCGGUUUCGGAGGCGAAAUUUGAAGGCAAAACGCUUAAAAUUGGCGAAAACAGAGAUGAAUUCUCUGAAGUUUCGAGAAAUGUUGAUACGUUUUCGAAUUGCGAAUCGAAUUCGGAGUUGUUUCCGAAGGUGACUGGAAAGGAAUUUGAUCUGAUAUGUUCGGAGCAUUUAGAAGAAGGCGGUGAUAAUGAGUAUGAGUACUCUUCUGCAACUUAUAGUGAUGUUUAUGAAGAUGUUACUUCGGAAUUCGAUUUUGAUGAUUAUAUCUCGUCUGAUUGGUUUGAGUCUGGAAGUCAGUUUUCGGAGAAGUCUGAGACUAGUUCGUCACCUACGUAUCAGUUGUUACUUCAAUUUAGGCAGCAGUUCUGUAGAUCAUCUGCUUCAGUUCCAAAAUCAUAUUCUCCAGAUGAAUUUAUACUGAUGAGAUUCGAAGAUGAGGAGCAUGAAAAGAGCUAUGAAUUGAUCAGAAGCAGAGAGAGAAAGCAAGAGUAUAUUCGCGACUACACAGAGGAAUACUGUUCCAUUACUGACUAUGGUAACCUCGUCAUUCAGCAGCGUCUUCAUAUGGUGCACUGGAUAAUGGAGCAAUCAUCUAGCAAGGAGCUGCACAAGGAAACUAUGUUCCUGGGGGUGAGCCUCUAUGAUCAAUUUUUAAGCAAAGGUUACUUCAAAAACCAGAGGAGUCUUCAAAUCGCUGGAAUAGCCUCUCUCACUCUUGCAACCAGAAUCGAAGAGAAUCAGCCCUUUAACAGUGUUCGUCAAAGAAUGUUCUAUGUAGGAGGCAAUGCAUAUAGCAGAAGUGAAGUUGUAGCAAUGGAAUGGCUGGUGCAAGAAGUCCUUAAUUUCCAGUGUUAUCUGCCCACCAUGUACAACUUCUUGUGGUUCUACCUCAAAGCUGCUGGAGCUAAUGAAGAGGUGGAGGAUACAGCAAAGAAUAUAGCAAUGCUGGCUUUGCUGGGCUUUGAGCAGCUGUGCUAUUGGCCUUCAACUGUAGCAGCUGGCCUUGUCAGUCUUGCUUCUAGGGUGGUCAAUCAAGAUGCUGAUUGUCACAGAGUCAAAGAGAUUCACAGAAGAACAAAAAAUGAUGAUCUAGCUGGAUGCAUAAAGAGCUUGGAGGGAUUGAUCAAGUACAUAUCAUAGGUAGCAGCAGUUAGAUCCAAGAUGUUAUCUUUUUCCAGUUUAUAUAAAACUGUUGAUUCAAGCAAUACUUUAGAGACACAGACUACAUAUUAUACAGCAAGGCAAUGAGCUCAAAAUGAGCCUUUGUGUUGUAUAUAUACUUGCAUUUUUGUAAGUUGUUCAUGAAUGAAGACUGGUCAGCUUUCAGGCAGAUGUAUUAACUGCUACUUUCUGCAUUUGCAUUUUUUGUAAGAAUGAAGAUUGAUGAAACUUCCCUUGGUAGUUGCAGUUUCACUACUGAUUAUGAAAUGUUAUAGUCUCAUCUGUUUAGAGUAAAUUAUAUAUUUGUGCGUGGGUGCGCAUAUAUAACA